AUACAUUCCUUGGCUGAGUUGACAAUUGAUUUUGGGAUUGAUUGGAAACUUUGUGACUGAAGUUAAUGGAAAGACAUAUGACAGUGUCAUCAGGUUUAACAUUAAAGACAGUGUGAUCAGCUUUCAGAAGCAUGAUCUUGCAGUAAUGUGUGCUUUAAAGUUUGGAGCUGUGAAACCAAAUACUUCUGAAGAGCUUGAGGGAGAUAUAUGGACAAAUUAUUUAGGAGCCAAGACAACUGUGACUCGUGCAGAUAUUCAGAAUGCAUUGAAGAAUUACAAGAGCACUGAUGAUAGCAGACUGACAAAUGAUGGAGUCAAACUUGCACUACUAUAAAUACUUUCACACUGCUUAUUUGGGAAUCAAUCUGCUAGACCCAUGAAGGCAUACUACAUAAAUUUAGUUGAUGACUUGGAUGCAUUCAAUGCUUAUCCAUGGGGUGAUGACGUUUGGGUGGACUUAGUUAACAAGGUGAAACAGAGCUGUGAGGCACUAAAUAAAGGAAAAGCAGACAGAGUAACAUUCCCUAGCUUCAUAAUGGCAUUCCAGUGGUGGGCAUUUGAAACUUUUCCUGGUUUAGCAAAGGCUGGCUUGUGCAAAGUCAUCAAGGGGACAAGACACAUCAUACCAAGGACUCUAAAGUGGGAGUUUAAAAAAAACCUACACUGGAGGUCCUUUCUGAAAUUAUAUUCAAGAAUGACAAAUUUGAAUGGGCACAAAUAGUACCAACUGCAGAUGAGAUUGCUAUGAUAGAAGAGGGAAAUGACAUAAAUGAGGAGGUGAUGCACCUUGUGAUAAACAAUGUUGGCAGGAUUGAUGCUCAAAAGCAAUAUACUAUUGUAGCAAAAGGGAAACAAAAGGUGAUGCAGACCAGAGUAGCCAAAAGAAAAACAACAAAAGCAAUCAAAUCUCAGGAAGGGCCUUCUAGAAGAAGAAGAAACAAGACUACAGUAGAAAAAGAGAGUGAUGAUGAUUCAAGUGAUCAAGAAAGUGAUGAAGGUGAAGAGACCGAUAGUGAUGAUUCUAGUGAGAGUGGAAGGGAAGGAGAUAAAUAUGUAUUCUUCAUGAGCAAAGACAACAAAAGUAUUAAAAAGAGCAUCAUAAAGCAUGCAAAGGAGACUGCCAGAUUAGUGGCAGAAACGAAAAAUAUGAAGAAGACUCAAAAAAAGCAAGAGGAUCUUUUGAAAGAUGUCAUUUUGAUGCUCAACAAAAUGUCACAUGGUAUUGAGAAGAGUGAGCCUACAAAAGCAACUGCAGAGGGUGAUACGGAUGAAGAAGAAAGUGGAGAAGAAAAAGAAGAAAAUGAAAAAGAAAAAGAAGAUGAUGUGAUAGCCAUGACUGGGCCAGAUUCUGAGAAUGAUGUUGCUGAUAUGGAUGUGGAAGAGGACACUAGGUUGAUGAAUGCAGAGGCUGAGGAUGGUGUUGUACACAAUGAUGAUGUUGUAGAGAAUGAGCAUGAUGGUAAAGAGAAAGAGGCAGCAAAUGUUGAGGGUGACCAUUCAUGUGUGAAUAAGGAUGCUGAUGCAGAGGCUGAGGAUGAUAAAGAAGAUAUUGAGGAUGCAGAAAGAAAUGAAAACGAAAUGCAAGAGAAGAACACUGAGGAGAUAGAAAAGAACACUGAAGAAGCAGUUUGUGACGUGCCUACAUUCAAAAUACUCACUCAAUCUCAAGGUAGUCAGAAAAAAAUUGAAGACAACGUCCAAAUGCAAGAGGAGGGACUACUUGCACAGGAAGAUAAAAAAGACACUGGUGAGUCUGGUUGGGGGAUGGGCUCACAGAAAAAUAGUCAGUUUGUCCAAGAGAUGUGCAAGAGUGCAGAUGAAGUGGCAAAAAAGGCUUUUGAAAGCUAUUCUUCUAAUCCACGCAGAUCACUCAUAAUAACUAAUCAGGUCACCAGUGAAGUACAUGGGAACUAAGCAUUCAUCAAAGAGGAGGAAGAGAGAAAAGGGAAAGAAAAGAGAAGAUGAUGAAUUUCUGCCACCUUUGAAGCAAAUAAUUGGACCUUUCUCUGAAGAUCCAACAGAGAACCCACCGGUUGAAGAAAUACAGAGGGUGAAAGAAUACUUGGAAGUUGGAUUGCUGAAGAACUUCAC